CACACAAACCAUUCCCCAACUCCUCCCUUUUCUUUUUGCCGUCGCCCUGCCCCCACAAACAUCCGACAGUCUCAUCGCCGUCUCCCUGCUUUAGGCCAAGGUCACCGGGCGGCCACCGGCUCCACCACCACCACCACCAGCAGCUAGCACAAGGCAGCUUCAGAAGCCAUGGAGAGGCUGAACACGAAGCUGUACCUGCAGAACUGCUACAUCAUGAAGGAGAACGAGCGGCUGCGCAAGGCGGCCCUGCUGCUGAACCAGGAGAACCAGGCCCUGCUCUCCGAGCUCAAGCACCGCCUCGCCAAGUCCUCCGCCGCCGGUGCUGCCGUCGUCGGCGGGAGCAACAACAACAACAACAACAACAACAACAACAGCAGCAACAGCUCGGCAGCGGCGGUGGCGAACCGCGUCUCGCCCAAGCCCGGCAACGACGCCGCUCCGCCGUCUUCUCAUCAGGCCGGCGGCAAGGGCAUGCCUGCCACCAAGCCCAAGCCCAAGUAGGCUGCUCGGGCUGUGUCCAUCACAACUCGAUCACAAGCGUACGGUGUCGGUUUAGUGGUCGCUUAAUUAGAAUCCGGAUGUGACGUUCCUUCGUUUCAGGAAUGUUUGUUUAGUUGUAGUUGAUGGAAACCUCAACUGAUGUGUGUCACAAUGAUCUUGUAAUGAAUGGAUGACUCGAUCGAUCGGAGGUAUAGAGAGACGUGCGUUUCUGAAUUCCGAGAGCUGAGCUUCUUCAGUCUUUCUUUUUUCUUUUUUUUCCCUCCGGUUUUGUCAUCCUGCGAUCUCAAACAGUGAGUGUUUCGAGAUCUUGUCGGUACACGUCGUCAGUACGGCAGGUUGUUCAUACCAAAUAUUCAGAGAGAAUGGU